AUGCAAAUUCAACAAAUACAAUCAAACAGUUGCAACAUCAGCAAAUGCAUCUAUUAUUAACAAAAAAGAACCAACUCCACCUCAUUCUAUUGAAGACCCAACAAACACAUCUAAUUCUAUUAGAAAUUCUGUUUCAAAUGUGGAAGAUGACAGUAUGACACAAGAUUGGAAAACUGUUGAAAAAUUAUUGAUUAACUUUAAAGGGUUUGUGAGUCUCUAUAUUACCAGAUUUGGUAAACAAAGGAAAUUUGUUGCUAACUUUGAUAAUGAAGAGGAUCUUAACAAACUUGUUGUCACAGAUUUACCUGAUUCUUUUAUUCUUAAAGAUAUGGUUAGAGUAGAACCACUAAACAUGAAUGAGGAACAAUAUGAAAAAAGACAUGCACAUGCCCUCAAACUUGGUCACCUUCCAUUUGGAACUACAGCAAGAGAUCUUGUUAACAUAAUCAAUGGAACAAAAGCAAAAGCAGUGUUUAUACCUAAAACACACAAAUCAUACAUUAACCGUAGAUAUGGAUGGUUCUUCUUUGAUUCUGAUGAAGCAGCACAUAAUGCACAAAUUAAUUGGUACACUCUCAAUAAUACUGAAUUGUUUUGGGCAUCAGAAGAUACUGCACUUUGUAGAAAAUGUGGACAUCCUGAUCACACUAUUACAGAUGUUGUGAAAAAGAGUAAUAGGACAUUUCUUAAUGAUUCUAUUCAUGCUAAAAAAAUGGCAAACAAAACAAAUAAUUUAUUUAAAAAACUUAUGGAAAAAGUUGAAGAUAUAUCAACCAAACUGAAUAAUCUAAUGCAGGAUAUUCAGAAAAUCAAUAUCAGAAUUAAAGUACUUGAAGAUAAAUACAGUACUAAACUUAGACAAGGUAAUACAGAGCCUUCUAAAACCAUUUUCACUUCCAUCUUGAAAAAACCGACAUACAAGCCUGCAAAGUCCAACUCUAACAAGAGACCUAGAGAAUUUUUUACAUCUUCAUCUGAAGAAGGACGAGUUUUAACAACAAAACCCAACAAAAAUACUAAUGAAAAUCAAUUAAUUGUCAAACAAUAG